AUGACACUUUUAAGGAAGAUUUUCACAGGAGAAAGAGACUAUAGAUUCUUCCCUGCGCAUGCUGGUGACAUAGUAGAUAUUCAUCUAUCCAAUAAUGGAGAGUUAUUCACUUCGUCGACUGAUACGACCAUAAAACGAUG